GAGAGCAGCAGCACGCAGUCCGGCGAGUACCGCGCGGCGCUGUGGAUUCGAUUUUCGACCGGUGAUCGCGACGGACACACGCUUUUAAACAUUUUAAAUAUUAAUCAUUAUCAUAGUAGUGCACCUUUUCGUUACCUUUAUUUCUCCAUCUAUCUAUUUUCACUGUUAUUAUUCAUUUGUUUUACUUUCGUUCGAUUUUUUUUUGUUUUAUUCUACACGCCUACUCGAUUUGCUAUAUUUUUCUCAACGUCCGCAUACGAUUUUUUUAGUAAAUAAUAAUUUAAUUUAAUAUAAUAUCAUCGUUAUUAGAUUUUUAUCGGUCCAUCGCGGUGGUCCAUUUGCGAUCGUAUUCACGCGCGUGGUGCCCCAAUCGUAAUAAUUACAAUAUAAUAAUAAUAAUAAUAAUAAUAAUAAUAUUAUAUAAUUCGUGCGUUUAUAAUAUCACCCAGCCGCGAAAUAUAUUUUCUUCCGAGUUUAUAUUGUACAUAAUAUAUAAUACAUCGCAAUAUUUCAAUAUAAUAUAAUAUCAUAUUAUUAUUGUGUCACGGCGGGCAUGGAUUGCAAGAGUUUAACCAGUAGAAAAGCUCCGCGCACGUUGCAGUAGUAGUUGUGUUCACAGAAAGUGUCCAAUGAUGUAUAAGCUUUUUAUGGGUCAUCCUCAUGGCGUUGUAAGAAAUCUGGCAAUCAUUAUCAUAUAUGUUUAAACGUUUUUAUGUGGGUCACCAACGACGAUGAACCUAAUCUCAUUGUAUUGGGAAUUGAAAAAACAAGUCAAGCGAUGGGCCUCGAUGGGGCCAAGGCGUUAAUAGUUUUUAUUCUUUACGCGUUGAGGCUUCAACAGAAGGCUCAAGCGGACAUCAAAGUGGGUAACGCCAUCAACGUGUUCAACCGUUAUGGAUACUUUAGCAUAAGUAUGAGAGUGGUCCCCAGAAAUGACACCGAUCAUUCAUGGAUAUUCAGGGAACCCACGGUCGACGUGUUUACGAAUCUGCCGGAAAAACAAAGCCUCAAAAGAAGCAUCGGAGGUGGUGGAGGUCAAGUCUUCCAAGGGGAUUUCCACAUGGAAUUUUGUGAUAACGUAAAACAAUUAAUGCAAGCCUACUUUAGAGAUUUUUCCGUAGAGAGACUGGACAAGCCGUGGCAGGCGUUUACGGGCAGCUGGUCGAAAUUUACGUUGGCCAGAAAUUUAGGUUUAGACGUGUCUUAUGUAACCGGCGAUCAUUGUUAUGUUCUCGUCAGGGUGGCUAGGCAUAGGGAGACUGCCGAUUUGGAAAUGGAUAUGGAGAGCACCGACCUUCACGAGCCAGUGGCCAAACAGGUGGCCUCUGUUAAUGUCGGCGAUAGUUUGUCGGUCAUUGAAUUCGUCCGGAGUUUUGGAUCUCAUUACGUGACGUCAUAUGUCACAGGCAAUUCUCUCUAUCAGGUGUAUGUAUAUGCUCCAAACGCUUACAAAGUAAUUAAAGAACGCUUAAAAGCAAAAGGCGUAUCGCAGAUCUCUAAUCAAGAGUUGAUUGGAUACUUCUCACCGUGGUACGCAGAACAUGUGGGUAAAAUACAAUCAGCUAGUGGUAAUGCAACAGUUGAAAAUUGGGCACACCAAAGACUAAGAGUGAAAUUUUUUGUCUUUGGGUUCGCCUCCUUACUGAAAUUGCAUGGAGAUACAAAAUUGUUAAGUGAAUUGAAUGGAAUGUUAGGCAACGAAGCAUUACUCAAGCUUGAAUUAAAAACCUUGGCGCCGGCUUUUAAGGACGUUCAAAAACGAGCUUGGUUCCAUGAAGUUAUGGAUAAUAAUUUAAAACUAUGGGAAGUUAAUAUGUAAUAAAAAUAAUAUUCCUAUAAAACCCAAUACUAAAGUGUAUUUAUUGUAGUAGUUUUACUAAUUUGUUUUAAGGUAAGUACCUCCAUCUUUCGCUCAAAUGCCAAAUACUAAAUGUACCUAAAAUCAUUACCUAUAUAAUAUAUCAUUUUAGUAUGUUUUCUUAUUGAGCAACGAGUAUUGUAUUAUAAAUAAUUAUUGAUCGCAUAUGUUUUUAAUAAAGUCUUUAUUUAUGUAAGUUACAAACAAAAA